GCAGAGGAUGGCGGAGGGGGGCUCGGGCGACACCGGCUCCCCCAGCAGCCUGCGGCCGGGGCUCCCCGGGGCGCGGGGGGUGCUCGGGAGGCGCCCGGCCGCCCCCCCCCUCACCCCCGGCCGCCUGCCCUCCAUCCGCUCCCGGGACCUCACCCUGGGAGGCGUCAAGAAGAAAACCUUCACCCCCAACAUAAUUAGCAGGAAGAUCAAGGAAGAGCCCAGAGAGGACGUCACCGUCAAGAAGGAGAAGAAGGAACGGGAGCGGGACCGGCAACGCGAUGGGCACGGCCGGGGCCGGGGCCGGCCCGAGGUUAUCCAGUCCCACUCCAUCUUCGAGCAGGGUCCUGCUGAAAUGAUGAAGAAGAAAGGCUCCUGGGACAAGACGGUGGACGUGUCGGACUUCGGCCCUUCCCACAUCAUCAACAUCAAGAAGGAGAAGAGGGAGACGGACGAGGAGACGAAGCAGAUCCUGCGGAUGCUGCAGAAGGACGACUUCCUGGAUGACCCGGGGCUGAAGAACGACAUCCGUAACAAGCCGGUGCAGCUGCCGCUGGCCCACUCGGGCUGGCUCUUCAAGGAGGAGGCAACGGAGCAGGAGGACGCCCAGCCCUGGCUGCCCAGCCCCAAGGAGGAGAAGAUGGAGCUGGACCCACCAGUGAAAGUGAAAGAAGAGCCGUGCGAUGAGGAACCCCCCCCCAAACCGCUGCAAAGCAAAGGACCCCCCCCGGGUUUUCCCCGGGACGUGUCGGUGGCCGAGCUGCUGCAGCGGCUGAGCCUGUCGGGGGAAGAGGAGCUGCUCUUCCUCCAGCUGCCCGACACCCUGCCCGGCCAGCCCCCCACCCACGACGCCAAACCCAUCAAGACGGAGCUGCAAAACGAGGAAGGGCAGGUGGUGGUGGUGAAGCAGGAGAAGAGCCAGGAGGCGAAGCAGGCGGAGAAUACCUGCACCCUGGCCGACCUCCCCGAGGGGCAGGUGGGGAAACUGCUCGUCCGAAAGUCGGGAAAGGUGCAGCUGGUGCUGGGCAAGGUGACCCUGGACGUGACCAUGGGGACCCCCUGCUCCUUCUUACAGGAGCUGGUGUCCGUUGGCAUCGGGGACAACCGGACGGGGGAGAUGAUCGUCCUGGGCCACGUGAAGCACAAGCUGGUGUGUUCCCCGGACUUCGAGGCUCUGCUGGAGCACCGGCACCGGUAGCCCGGGGGGAGCCGGCAGCGGAGGGGGUGCUCAGCUCCAUGCCCCGCAGCCCGUGGGGAUGCUCCCCGCGCAGCUCGGGGACCCUGCGGUGUCCUCGGACCCUCCAGCCUGGGGACACGGAGAGGUGUCUUCUGCAGGUGUGGGCGCAGGGAUGGCUCCUACCUCCUUCCCGGCCCUGCAGUGGGGCAGCACCGGGGCUGGGGGCUCCGGCUUUGACCCCCAGACCCCCCGCCCCCUUCCCGUGCCAAACAGGCAGGGGCUGUGUCUGCCUACAUCUCACGGAUUUCUGGAUGUGCGGGACCCUGGUGUGUCCCCCCCCGCGGCUCUCCAGCAGCUGUGCACAGGCUGGGGAGAGCGGGACACGCGCCUGCGGGGAAAAAUGUGGAAUAAAAACCUCUUUUCCCA